GAAGCCCGAACAAUACUGCAAAGUGAAAAAAACAAGAAGCGCACCAACCUUGCGCAUUACCUCAGUAACCAAAAUUUAUUAGUAAAGGAAUGGUACUCACAAACAGCGAAUAAAAACAGGCAUGUAAGUCCUCCAAGGGACUUCAGAGACAAGAGACCAGCGCGAAUCCCAUCAUGGGGGUAGACACUCAGUACGACCUUCGAAAUGCAUCAGCUGUACUGAGUGUCUACCCC